AUGGCCGAUUGGGAUGAAAUCAAACGUUUGGCCGCCGACUUCCAAAAGGCCCAACUUUCCACCAGCCUACAAAGACUCUCGGAAAGAAAUUGUAUCGAGAUUGUAAAACUACUGAUCGACAAAGGGCUCAUCGAUGUGAUCUACACCAACGAUGGCAAAGAGUACCUCACGCAAGAUCAUCUGCUGCAGGAGGUGAAAGAUGAGCUGUACGUUCGUGGUGGUCGUGUAAAUUUGAUCGAGCUGGCCAAAGUUUUAAAUGUUGAUUUUGCAAAGAUCGAGUACAUUGCCAAACGGCUGGUAGACCGUGAACCUGGUCUGCACCUUCUGCUUGGGCAACUGAUCGAUACGUCCUACAUUCAGCGUGUGGCGUCAGAAAUCAACCAGAAGCUGGUCCAGUACGGUGAAAUCAAUAUAGGACAGUUGACUACAACGUACGAUUUGCCGACAGAUUUUAUCCUGAACCAAAUAGUGUUGGGAAAUUUGAACAAAAUCAUUUUCGCCAAACAGGAUCCCACAAAUGCGCACAUCUUUUUCACGCAAUCGUAUAUAAUGCGCAACAAGGCUAAAAUCCGCGGUGCACUUGCCGCGAUUACAAAACCUACACCGAUUUCCGUCAUUUUGAAUCUAACCGAUGUACCGGCACGCAUACUGUAUAUGUCGUUGAACGAACUGGCGUCGCUCGGUUCGGUCACGGUCCAAUCACCGGCCGGUCAAUACAUACCGCACGUGUACGAACGAAUGCAAGCCGAGUACGUGAAAGAUUACUUCCAACAGAAUGGAUACAUAACGAACGACACCGUGGCCAAGCUGGGAGUUUCGGAUGUUCGUCCGUUUGUGCGGACCCGUUUGCCGGAUGAGAAGUUGAUUUACAUGAAGAACUGCAUCGUCAGCAAUCGGCUUAUUGAACGCGUUACCUACGCGAUGGAUGUUUGCAUAAGCAGCAAUUCGUAUCUGGAUAUGUCAACCAUUCUGCCCCCGGCCUUCAGCAACGAUAAUAUGGAAGAAAUUUUAGCGCACGUUCUAACGCCGGCAAUACGUAAGCAGACGUACGUUUUUGGAACGGUUGUACUGACGGUAAACUUUAUGGAUGAGUGCGUUAAAGGUUGCCAGGAACUGGUUAACGAACACGCAAAACGAGCCGUCGAAAGUGGCAACUAUCAGAAGUACAUGGCGGAAAAGAUGAUGCAGCAUCAAGAUGUGGACCAUUUUGCGAUGGACGAAGGAAAGGUGGAUAAACGGGAGGAACGGCGCAAGAAGGCCGCCACUGGAAAGGGUGGCGGUGGAGCGCAGGGUCGUGAAACAAAAACAAAAUCUACCAAGAAACAUGCACGAGGAAACAAGGGCAAUGCGAUGGAUUCGGAUGACGAUGUGGAGAUGCAAUCUGGUGCGGGUGGAAAGAAGAGUGGAAAGGAACCGCACAUUGAGCUGAUUACGGUGAAGGAGAUUGCGAAGGUGGUGGAAAAAACCCUCGAACCCGAAGGUCUGGAGAUGCUCGACAAGGAUCUCGCAAAUCAUUACUACCCCAUUCUUAGUAAACAGGCGCUGGCCAAAGCGCAAGAGUUGUACGAACUGACGCUUCAGAAGAGUAAUCAAAACCGUCGUCAGACGCAUGCCAGCAUCCAGGAGAAGCUAAACACGCUCUACAACGAUAUCCGUUUGUACGAGAAGGGCUUAAAGCUGUUCCCGUCCGAUGUACAGGGCCAGCUGUUAAAGUAUCUGCUCAAAACGAUCGGCACGGACGUGUGCAACGAAAUAUGCCUGUACGUCGCGGCCGAAUGUAAUCUUAACACAAACUUUAACGCACCCCUAACGGUCGAACAGCGCACAAAAAUUGCGAACGACAGUGGCGCGGAGUAUCGGGCCUCGCUGCAGACGCUCUGCAAAUCGCUCACAGCCAGCGAAACCGUCGAAGACUUCCUGGAGAAAACAGAAAAAGCGAUGCAGGCGUGCAGCAUGAUGCUGAAAAAGAUUGACAAGAAAAAGGAUAGAAACCUAAUUCUUUGCCACAAACAUGGUCUGCUGGAGCAGCUUACCAACUGUACCGAUCCGGCAUUGGUACUUCAUCUGGCCGUGCUAAUUAUCUUCACCAUUUCCACACAAACGAUGCUUCACGCUUCCGGCCGCCAUGUGUCUGCCGUUUUAAGCUUCCUGCAGACGGUGCUGACCGCGGAAGACUCAAAAGUGUUCACCAACUAUCAUGAUCUUGUACUGAAGCUGCUGAGUACGGAGAGCGCCAACUCGGAGGAAGCCAAGUCAAAUGCUGAAGAUAUUACCAAGCAGCUGGGCGAGCUGACACCGAUCGUGAAAAGUAUUGCUGGCAACUUCAAGAAAGCGGGUGUUACGGCCGUAGAAUAA